GGCGGGCGGGCGGCGGCGGCGAUGGCCCCGGAGCGCGGCGCCCGGCCGCCUCCCGCCGAGCCGCCCGCCGGUACCGAGGGGCUGCCCAGGGCUUUCCUGCAGAGCCUGCGGACCCUCUUCGACAUCCUCGACGACCGGCGGCGGGGGUACGUGCACCUCCGGGAGAUCGAGUCCCGCUGGCAGGGGGCGGAGGCCCGGGAGCUGCCGCCCGGGGUGCUGGACGGGCUGCGGCAGGCGGCGCCGGCCAGCGGCUACCUCACCUUCGAGCGCUUCGUGCUGGGGCUGCGCGCCGCGCUGCUGAGCGCCGACGGCGGCCUCCCGGCCAAGGGGCGGCCGCCGGGGCGCGGGCGCGGCGAGCCGCGGCCGCCGGCGGAGAAGGGCCGCGGCGCCGCCGUGAGCGCCUCGCGGAGCCUGGAGAAGCUGCCGAGCCCGCGCGGCGCCGACGAGCGGCGGGGGCAGAGCGGCGGACAGCGGGAGCCGGAUCCGGGCCAGCCCCGGUGCCGAGGUGCUGAUGCUAAGCCUGCUGGGCAGUCUCAGGGAGAUGGUGACCAUUCAGGGGUUAGAGAUGCUCGGAGGCAUCAGAGAGGACGUGCAGAACACCGGAGACACACCAUCACCAAUGGUGUGGACUUCAGCAUGCUGAAGCAUAUGAAGGAGCUGGAACAGGAGAAGGAUUUCCUGCUGCAGGGUCUGGAGAUGAUAGAACGUGCCCGGGAGUGGUAUCACCAGCACAUCCAGUUUAUGCAGGAACGCCAGAGACUCCUGGGGAAGAACAAAACUAGCACUGACUUCCUUCCUGACGGCCAGAACCACCAGGGGCGCCUGCUCCCCAAGCUGCAGGAGGUUAACUGCUGCCUCAGUGACCUUCUUUCUGCUGUGGGCAAGCCAACAAACCCUUCCUCAGCUCUGAACAGGCUGGGCCCUGCAGCCCCUGUGGUGUCCCCAGCCUCAGCAGGGUCCCAGCAAGCCAUCAGUAUGCUGAAGGAGCAAAACCGGCUUCUCACCAAGGAAGUGACUGAAAAGAGUGAACGCAUCACCCAGCUGGAGCAAGAGAAAUCUGCCCUUAUCAAACAGCUCUUUGAGGCUCGGGCCCUCAAUAACCAUGAAACAAGCCAGCUGGAUUCUACCUUCAUAUAGUGUCUAUCUUCCAGAGCUCCCAGUGGCCCCAUACUUGAGCUCUUCCCUGGAGUUUCAUGGGGCUGGGACUCUUACCCGAAUCCCAUUGCAUCCAUUACUCCCAGUGCUGUAUCUCAAGGCCUGUGGAGGUCCAGAACUGACCUUGGUGUGUCUGCAUGAGGAAGCCAGAGGAAAGCACUUACCCCAGGCCUGCCCAAGCAGGUCAGGGAUCUCCCUUCUUUGCUGUGCUGCUGGGCUUGGUCAGCUGCACCACUUGCAAGCUGCUCCUUUUUUGCCUUUAAAACUGACUGCAGUGCUGGUACCCCCUACCCUGUGUCCUCCAUGUGGUGGGUGCUACCUGCACUCUCUGUGUGGGGUUUGGGUGGGGGCCUGCUCUACCCUUGGCCUGAUAUAGGCUGAAUUCUGGCUGCUCUCUGAAAAAGAUACCUUUGACACUCUAGUUGACAUCUCCAAGCAAGCCUGGCCCCUGAAGGACAGCCUGUCCCUUGCUUAUGGUUCUGUCAGAGGACAAGACUGAAAAUUGAUAAUGGGGCAAGCGUGACCCCUCCCUGCUGCCCAUGUUUUGCCUGCUACUGCAACCAAAUUGGACUAGAGCAAUACCUGAGGUGGUGCUCCUACUAGGAUAAUCUCUCUCUCUUUCUGGUUUGGAGUAGUGUUGACACAGUUGUUGUUUACACAUCUGCAGGCUUCUCUAGUUAAUGAGCCAUAGGUCCAAAUGAGAUCACAUGUACCUCUGAGCUGCUGUUUCAGGAUGUUUGUCGAUUCAGGCAGACACUUCUGAAUCAAUUUUAUUGGACCUGGCAAAUGUUUCCUUAUGACUGCUAGGAUUAUAUUUUUUUGUGAUUACUUUAAAAGGAGAGAUCAUGUCCUGCAUCAUGAGGACUGCUGACCGAAACCUGAUUUCAGAGAGGGGCUUUAGAAGUAGGAUUCUUAUCUAACUGAACAUGGGUGGUAGAGAGGAGGCUGAUGGGCUCUUUCUUUUGCACAUCUCCAAAUGGAGAAAUGACAGCUUUGCCUGUCCUGGUGUUGUACCUAGACUCCCCUGGGUGACAUCCUGGGUGUGAGCUGUUCCCUUUUCCAGGUCUCUUGGGAUGAUGGUUUUAGUCUAAACAUGUGUAGCUGUUGGACUGGUGCACUCCAGGUAUUUUUUCCUUCUCACACAGCUUAGAGGCUGAGGCUGGGACUUGAUGGCGUCUUCCACUAUGUCUUGGUAGUUUGUAUUUAUAGUACUUGCAUAGGAGGUCCUUGUGAAUCCCCAUGUAGUACAGGCCUGGCCCUUUGUAUCCUAGCCUGGUCCAGGAUAUUUCUCUCCAGGGUUGUUUCAUGCUCCGACUCUCCUAGCACAAUGCCCUGGCACAAUGCACUGAGCUGAGCCCUGCUCCAACAGAGUCAACUCUGACAGGCUGAGUGCUCUGCACAUCAGCUCCUUUCCUGCUUCUAGGAAGAUGCUGUUACCUGUACAGCACUGUCUGUCCCAUCCAGCUCCUCUCUGAGUUGAUCUUGACCUGCAGCUGGCUGCAAAACACGCAGCCCGUGCUCUUCCCUGGUGUCUGCUACCCCUGCCAGAAUGGGCAUCAGCAAAGUGCCAGGGAGAGGGACGAAGAGCCAAUCCAGGACAGACUGUGUCCUGUGGCUGCAGGAAUAGGAUGUUAUUUAUCCCCUGGGCAUCAGUUCUUCCCAUCUCAUGAUGGGAGUCCAGUGCCUGUUUUGCUGGUGGCUCAAUAAGUGACCCUCCUCAUAACCUUUCUUAAAGGAUAAUAAAGUGAGAUGAACUAUUUAA